UUUAAAAAAUUAAACUAUCAAGAACGUUCAGGUGGACUUAUUUUUUCAGUUACACAAUUGCGAACACAUUAUUAUUUAUAGAAAUGGGCAAAUAGUUUGCCUAGAAAAUUUGUCGAUUUAAAGCCAGAAAUUAUAUUUUAUUUUUUAAUUUAUUUUUUUAUUUUUUUUUACAUCAACACUAACCUUUGGGCUUAUUGUGGUGUAGAAGUAUGACUGGAGUAUUCGACCGGAGGAUCCCGAGUGUGAAACCUUCAGACUUCCAGAGCUCAUUUCAACUCUCCACCAUGCACCAUCCGUCUCAGGAAUCUCCUACUUUACCCGAGUCCUCCGCCACGGAUUCUGGCUACUACAGUCCAGCCGCUGGAGUCACUCACGGUUACUGCUCGCCCAGCUCCAGCUCUUACGGGAAACCCCUCAAUGCCUACCAGUACCAGUACCCAGGAGUCAGUGGAUCCGCUGGAAAUUACACGACAAAAUCCUACACUGAUUACAGCUCGUACACGACCCCCGCCUACCACCAGUACGCCGGGACUUACAGCAGAGUGCAAGCCCAGCCGAGCCCUCAAGACAAAGAAAUAAGUGAACCAGAGGUGAGAAUGGUGAACGGCAAGCCGAAAAAAGUGAGGAAACCCCGGACCAUCUACUCCAGUUUUCAGCUGGCCGCCCUGCAGAGACGCUUCCAGAACACACAGUACCUGGCGCUGCCGGAGAGAGCCGAGCUGGCCGCCUCACUGGGACUCACGCAAACACAGGUCAAAAUCUGGUUUCAGAACAGGAGAUCAAAAUUGAAGAAGAUCAUGAAAAACGGCGAGCUUCCCCCAGAGCACAGCCCCAGCUCCAGCGACCCCAUGGCGUGCAACUCCCCACAGUCCCCGGCUGUAUGGGACACACAGGGCCCCUCCAGGCCUCACAGCCUGCAGCCACAGAACAUCAACACCACAGCGGCUAACUUUUUGGAAAACUCCGGCUCAUGGUACACAUCCGCCAGCAGCUCCAUGACGUCCCACCUGCAGACCCCCAACUCGAUACAGCACUCUUUGGCUCUUGGAGCAGGGACGUUAUACUGAAAAACAAAAAAAACAAAAAAACACACAUGUUGUUCAUUUCAAGUUUUUAUUUUUUUUCCUCUCCUUCUAUGGGACUCGUGUUCAAAUUUCAGAGGAAUAUGCAAUGUAUUUGAUGACAGUCAUAGAAGAAACGUGUAAAAUGUGUAAAUGUGUGCAUGUAAUUUAUUGCAUUUUUUGGGGGAAGACUAUUAAACGUUUAAA